AUGGAACGGCCAACCCGACGACCCACCCGGCAUGCCGGCCCAGACAAGUCCCACUCAACCGAUUUUGGCUCGACCUCUACCGGGCCGAGCCACUCAGCAACUGUGUCCACAAUCGCCGAAGCUGGCGCCGAAAUUGAGGCCAACCGGCAGCGGCGCCUCGAAGCCGAACAGGCGGCCGAGCGGGUCCGCCAAGAUAUUGAGCGGAUCCUCCAGCGGGGUCCGCUAUCGGAGGAGAGAAUGGAGGAGCUGUCCAUCGCGGCAGAGGAGUUUUAUCGGCAGUCGAUGGAAAGGAGGAGGAAGCGGCAGUUGAGAGAGCUGGCAAUCGCUGCUGGAGUGUUUCUCGUGGCACUGGUUGCCUGGUGGGCUUGGUGGAGGAUUGAAUGGUGA